UUAAUAAGGAGUUAAAUUUUACUACUAUUUUGUUCUGUUAAUAUUAGUAUUCAUCGAAAAAAUUGUACACAUAUGUUUGUCUUGCAUCAAUUUCUUUGUUAUGUUUUUAUAUGAAAUAAGUAUAUAUAUUUAUCAUGUCUUUAAUACAACAAUAAUAUUUUCGAGAUGUAUAUUGUAUGUUAGUGAUUGUAAAAUUGGAGUACAAAAUAUAAAAUAAAAUUGCAAAAAGAAAAAAAAAGGCCACGAACCAUUAUUUGUGUGCGCGCCACAAAAUUAACGGGAAAAAAGCGAUCAUAAAUCAGAAAUGGAAAACAACCGGCAGAGCAGCGGCGAUCGUCCGACGGUGAUGGUGACGAACGACGACGGAAUCGACGCGCCUGGCCUCCAAGCUCUUGUUCGUGCUCUGGUUUCCUCCGAUCAAUUCCAAGUCUACGUCAGCGCACCAGAAAGGUAUGGUCCUGGAGGGAGGCGCAGUGCUGAUGAUUAUGAACUGGAAGCAGAGGCUUGCUUGCCUAUAAUCAGCGGUAUAUUGGCUAAAAUCAGAUUGAAUACUUAUCCUAGAAACAGUUUUCUCAAUAUAAAUGUUCCAGCAGAUGUUGUGAAUCAUAAGGGGUAUCGACUAACCAAGCCAGGGAACAGUAUGAAUAAACUUGGGUGGAAGCAAGUCGCUUCUCAAGCUCAAGGAGAAGAAAUGAUAUCAGCAAUGGUUUCAGAUCCGCGUCCAUCAUCAAUCCUUGAAUCAGAGGCAGUGGAUGAUACCAAAAACAAAAAUCUUAUGUUCAUAAGAAAACUCUAGGAGUUUCAGGUCGAAGAUGGUGGCACAGAUUAUUCUUCUCUUCUAGAAAGGAUACACAAGUGUGAGUCCUCCUCUAGCUGCUAUGUCUCCUGCUGAGGAAGAUAUCCACUCAUACGUUGCAGUGUGGCUGCCACUUCUGAAUCAAUGCUUUUCUUCCUCUACCAUUUGAACACGCAAGAAGCUGCAAUUUUACUCUAAUAAAUCUGUCUUCAAAGUUCGAAAAUCAAAGCAUGUAUUUUUAUCAAUAAUAAAUCACUAUAUUGUCACCGACCUACAAAUCACAGCAUGUAUUCAUCCUUUAGCACUCUAUUGAAACUAAGAAACUACAUCCAGUGAGAUUUUACUACUUCCGGGUAA